UUUUUUUUUCCUGUCAGCUAUUCAAACCAACAACCAUGUCCGAAACCGCACCUGCCGCGCCUCCUGCGCCUCCUGCGGAGAAGGCUCCAGUGAAGAAGAAAGCCCGCAAGUCCGCCGGGGCCGCCAAGCGCAAGGCGUCCGGGCCCCCGGUGUCCGAGCUCAUCACCAAGGCCGUGGCCGCCUCCAAGGAGCGCAGCGGCGUGUCGCUGGCCGCGCUCAAGAAGGCGCUGGCGGCCGCCGGCUACGACGUGGACAAGAACAACAGCCGCAUCAAGCUGGGCCUCAGGACCCUGGUGAGCAAGGGCACCCUGGUGCAGACCAAGGGCACCGGCGCCUCGGGCUCCUUCAAGCUCAACAAGAAGGCGGCCUCUGGGGAGGCCAAACCCAAGCCCAAGAAGGCGGGCGCCGCCAAGCCCAGGAAAGCCGCCGGGGCGGCCAAGAAGCCCAAGAAGGCUGCGGGGGCGGCCACCCCCAAGAAGAGCGCCAAGAAGACCCCGAAGAAGGCGAAGAAGCCCGCGGCGGCUGCAGGGGCCAAAAAGGCCAAGAGCCCGAAGAAAGCGAAGGUGGCCAAACCCAAGAGGGCGGCCAAGAGCCCUGCCAAGGCCAAAGCCCCGAAGCCCAAGGCGGCCAAGCCUAAAGCUGGCAAACCCAAGAAGGCUGCCCCCAAAAAGAAUAUCUGAUUUGGAGUCGUUCUGAUUAUGCCUGAGCC